AUGUCGUCAACACAGAUACCCCCGGCCGUCGUUUUCAGUGAUUGGGAUGGCACAAUUACGUCGAUUGAUUCCAAUGAUUACUUGACCGACAACUUAGGUUUCGGCAAGGAUGAACGUGAAAGACUGAACGAAGAGAUGAUCUCCCUCCGCUUCAACUUCAGGGAUGCAUUCACAUUGAUGCUAGAAUCAAUCAACCACCCCUUUUCAGAAUGCAUCGACCUCCUCAAAUCCGAAAUCCCUCUGGACCCAGGUUUCAAGGGUUUCUACGAAUGGUGUAAAUCACAGGGAAUCCCUGUCAUUGUCGUCUCCAGCGGGAUGCGGCCAAUCAUCAAAGCCUUACUUCUGAACUACCUCGACGACCCUUCUGCAGCCGAAGAACUAGAGAUCUAUGCAAACGACACUGAAUUCGGCGAAGACGGGAGCUGGAAGAUUAAAUGGCGACACCCGGAAAGUGGGUUUGGACAUGAUAAGAGUAUUACUAUCAAGAAAUAUAUUAGUGAUGCGGCGUAUCCAGAGGGGAAGAGGCCGCAUUUCUUUUAUUGUGGAGAUGGGGUUAGUGAUCUUAGUGCGGCUAGAGAGACGGAUUUGCUGUUUGCGAAGAAGGGCAUGGAUUUGGUGACUUAUUGUGAAAGAGAAGGGGUGCCGUAUACCACGUUUACAGACUUCCAGGAUAUUUGGGAUGGGGUGAGGGAUGUGGUUGAAGGGAAGAAAACGAUUGAGGAGGUUAGGCAAGAGAAGAAGUAA